GUAUCUCUUGUGAAAAACCCUCGCCUUUUUCUCUUCUCUCACCAACCUCCUCUUUUUUCCCACACUCUCUCUCCUAGGGUUCAGGUAAAAAACAACAAUGAGUGGCAAAGAUGGUUCUGGAUCUACCAAAGGAGGACGCGGAAAACCUAAAUCUUCGAAAUCGGUUUCUAGAUCUUCCAAGGCUGGUCUUCAGUUUCCUGUUGGUAGAAUCGCAAGGUUUUUGAAGGCUGGAAAAUAUGCGGAGCGUGUUGGUGCUGGUGCUCCUGUUUAUCUCUCUGCUGUUCUCGAGUAUCUCGCUGCUGAGGUGUUGGAGCUGGCUGGAAAUGCAGCGAGAGACAACAAGAAGAAUAGAAUAGUACCGCGUCACAUUCAAUUAGCAGUAAGGAACGAUGAAGAGUUGAGCAAGUUAUUGGGGCAAGUAACAAUUGCCAAUGGCGGUGUGUUGCCGAAUAUUCAUCAGACUCUUUUGCCUAAGAAGCAAGGUGGUGGUGGUAAAGGAGAUAUUGGUUCUGCUUCUCAGGAAUUCUAGAAUAUUCUCGGAUGUACUUAAAAAAAUGAUGAUUAAGAUUAGUUUAAUGGGGUUCUAGCUCGAUCUCUUUCUUUGAAUCUUGUUUCAUAUAUAUUUACAUCCUGCAAGGAAAUAUAGAAUAGAAUGAACUCCAUUAGUGAUGGAACUGUGUAAUUUUGAUCUCGGAUUUUGGUUUUUAAAUGGAAUUCUGUGAUUUUACGGUUGCAUUUAAAAUAAUUUAUUUCAGUAACUGAUGUUUAUUUCAGAGAAA